AUGACCUAUCGCUUCAGCGCGGCCGAUGCAAGUAAGUGGAGGUUUGAAACGAAAGUCAGCGGAGCUAUCACCGUCGGAGGUAGACGCUCUCUUCUGAUGGGAUUUCAAACGACAGCGACGUUAACAUUCGCGAUGAACCACAGCUACACCGAGAGGUCGGGGUGA